AUGUCAGCAAAUGAUAGAUUAACUCGAAGUUUACCUCAUUUACAAAAUUUAAUUAAACGAGAUCCAGAUGCUUAUAAAGAAGAUUUUAAACUUCAAUAUCUUCAUUUUGAAAGUCAAUUUAUGGAAUUAACAGCUAAACCAGAUGCAUGGAAUAAAUCAUUAGCUGAAAAUAUUUCAUUUGUUUCACACGUUGCUCAUUGUUAUAAAGAAGAAUGUAAAGGAUUACCACAAAUGUUUAUCGAUGUUUUAAGACUUUAUUCAACUGUUCUUAAUAAUGACAUUCGACUUGUAAUUGUUCGUGCAUUAAUAUUAAUGCGUAAUCGUGGAUUAAUUGAAUGUAUUCAAUUAUGUGAAUUAUUUUUUCUUCGUUUAUUACAAUGUCAAGAUCGUCUUUUACGUGUUACUAUUCAAACACAUAUUAUUAAUGAUAUUAAAAAACAAAAUGAAAAACAUAAGAAUCAUAAAUUAAAUAGUGCAUUACAAAAUUUUAUGUGUACUAUUAUUAAAGAAAGUAAUGCAAUCGCUGUUAAAAUGGCACUUGACAUAAUGAUUGAUUUAUAUCGAAAAAAUAUUUGGAAUGAUACAAAAUCAGUUAAUAUCAUUGCUUCAACAUGUUUCUCGAAAAUAACAAAAGUUCAAGUUGCUGCAUUAAAUUUCUUUCUUUGUAACUAUUCAGCUAAAGAUGAUGAUAAAAAUGGUGAUUCCGAUGAUGAUGAUAAAUUAACAAAAAAAGAUAUUUUACUUGGUCAUCGUGUUGGAAAAAAAACACAAAAAAGAAAGAAACAAACUGAACGAGCAUUAAAACAACUUGAAAAACAACAAAAGAAAAAAAAAGUUGAAGUAUACGAUUAUUCUGCUUUACAUCUUCUUUAUGAUGCACAAGAUUUUGUUGAACGUUUAUUUCGUCAAUUGGAAUCAUCUAAUGAACGUUUUGAAGUAAAAUUACUUCAUCAAGAUUUAAUAUCACGUUUAAUUGGUCUUCAUCAAUUACUUGUAUUAAAUUUUUAUCCAUAUUUACAACGAUAUCUUCAACCACAUCAACGUCAAGUAACAAAAAUACUUUUAUAUGUUGCACAAGCAUCACAUGAUCUUAUUCCACCUGAUAUUUUACAAAGUAUUUGUAAAACAAUUGCAAAUAAUUUUAUUACAGAACGAAAUUCCGGUGAAGUUAUGGCUGUUGGUUUAAAUACAAUUCGAGAAAUUUGUUCAAAAUGUUAUUUAGCUAUGGAUCAAGAUUUAUUACAUGAUCUUUCAAAAUAUAAAUCAUAUCGUGAUAAAUCUGUUUCAGCAUCUUCUCGAUCAUUAAUUCAAUUAUUUCGUGAAAAAAAUCCACAUCUUUUAGAAAGAAAAGAUCGAGGCAAACCAACAGAAUUUCAAAGAGAUCUUAUGCCACUUGAUUAUGGACAAGUUAAUCCGAAAUCGUAUCUUGAAGGAGCAGAAAUACUUCAAGAAAAUAUUAAUGAUCAAGAUAAACAAGCAAAUAAAGAUGAUGACGAUGACGAACAAAGUGAAGAAGAAGGUUGGGUUGAAGUUUCACAUUCGGAAGAUGAUGAUGAUGAAGACGAAGACGAAGACGAAGAAGAAGAAGAAGACAAGGAUAAUGAUGAACAAGAAAACAAAGAUAAAGUUGAAGUACCAAUGACAGAAGAAGAACGUCGUGAACGUGCUAUGCAAAUUAGUAGUCAAAGAAUUUUAACACAAGAAGAUUUUGAACAAUUAAAAGCUCUUGAAAUAAAAAAACGAGUACAAGAUCGAAGACGAAAUCGUUUAGAACAACCAUCAUUACCAAAUGGUAAAAAACGUAAAACAAUAUCAAUUGAUACUGAUUCAGAUUCUGAUGCUGAAAAUAAAACAAAAUCAGAACAAAAUUCGGGAUUAAUAUCAUUGAAAGAUAUUGAACGAGUUAAUAAAAAACGUGCUCAUGAUAAAGAAUCUCGUUUAGCAACUGUUCUUGCUGGACGUGAAGGUCGAGAAAAAUUUGGUAAAUGGAAAAAAGAAAAAGGUCGUGUUGGUACAACAAAUAAAGAAAAAUUGAAAACGAAAAAUUUUCAAAUGCUUAAACCAAAACUAAGAAGAAAACAAAAACGAUCUUUUCGUGAUAAACAGAUUGCACUCAGAGAUUCGUUGAUUAAAGAUAAACGUCUUCGAUAA